UUCCUAUCGACCAUAGCUUACCGAAAACUCGGACAUCUACGACACCUUUUUGGUCGAACUUUUGGCUUACCUGGUCUUCUCGUUGACCUUUACCAGAGCAGGCAAGACGGGGUAACAGCCAGACACUCCUCUGGACUUGCCUAAGAACAUCCCCUCAGUUCUAACUCCAGUGUCUCUGCUCACUCUGUCUCGAGUCUGUGAGAACAAGAGCUGCCAUUCGUCAAUCAGAAAAAACUUGGACAUCGCUGGUCCAGCACCAAUCUUCCUUGAGAGCCACUUGACAAGCCAGUGCGAGUCGUCAGCCACUACUGUGGAUGCAGAUCGCCCCCGAGCCACUGAGCACCCACCACCGCACCGCAGUUCAGGGCCCAACAGACAAGUCUAACCUGAUCGUCGCCGUCCUCCCGCCGUCUAUCGCCAACUCUACCUGUCACCACUUUGCGUCAUCCCACAUGGCACACCACAUGGCCCAUUCUGCACAGGGCCAUCCUGCUCUGAGUACACAACCAAGCAUGUCUUCUGAGUUCUCUGAGUUUUCUGUCUUGUCUCUUCCUCCUCCUGCACCAACUCGAUCCUACCACCAGCGAUCCAGAACUGCCACAGACCUUCCUCCAUUAUUCACCCACACUCAAUCACAUUCUCCAUCGCUGUCCUCGACAUUUCUCCCAUUCUUCCGCCCUCAUAGCACUCGAUCCCUAUCUCCCGAACGAUUAUCGGAUCCCGACACAUUGUAUCACCAGUCACCCGUACCUUCACCCGUACCUUCACCCGUACCUCCGCCAGAACAAGCGCCACCCUCCAAAAAACUAUCAUCAACCGCAGCUAGCAAACUCGCCAGCUGGUUUGACGGUACAUCCGAACCUCUAACCAUCUCUUUGGUUCCUUCCCCCAACAAGGAGAAACUAGACCCAAUAGCUGAGUCUAGCAUCAUGGAUAACCUCUUCUCCAGCGGCCAUGACUUGGUGGACAAUCUCACCAAACGGCCUCAGAAGAGAUCCAGUGUGAUUGGUUCUCCGUCAAACAGUACCUCUCGCUUCAGCUUUUUCCGGAAAUCCACCGUUUCUUUACCCUCCCCAGAUCCCACAGACCAGGACGAGCUGGGACAGCUCGAUAUCCGGGAGGCACUAUUUCCCCAUGGAUAUCCUGACGAGUUCUCUCCUGCCACGUUCAAAAAUUUACAACUCAACGCAGAAGGAUCUCUGCGUCGCUUUCAAAUGGCGCAUAUUGACCAAUCCAAAGCGCUAAAACAAUUAUCCUCGAGUAAAGUUGCACUGUCGGACGAGUUGGAAGCAGCCAGUACAAGGAACGAACAUUUAAGACUGCAGCUAGAGGACAUGGCGGAGAAGGCAGCCGCUCAGGAAAGACUCAUCACAGAACUGACAGCCCAACUUGCCGCACAGAGAGCUCCCAGACAGACGGUUGACUGCCAUCAACGGACCGUGAGGAUGGUGCCAGAUGAUGCCAGCUCGCACCAUUUGGACCCAACUCCACGAUCUCGGUACCGAAGGAGCCGGCUGUCAGACUCGUCCAUGUCUGCAGAGUCUGAAGCGGCAUCUGAAGUGAGCUCUGUCGUCAGUGUCUUCUCAGAAGCAUUAUCAGCUGCGGCUUCUCAAGAUACCUCGAUCGCUAGUCCAACCCACAAUUCCUCAUGUUCUCCGUUCAACGAGGAAUGCCCCAACUGCCAUGGGCUGAGUGCAUCCGAGGCAUGGGACGUGGUGGGUGUUAUGAAGAUGGAAUCUAUUGCACUCAAGCGUCGCAUUGGACAGCUGGAAAGUGCUCAGGACGAAGCCUUGGACUUUUUGAGUGGCCUCAGAUUAACAUGAGGCACUUUCAAGCAGAGCACCUGAGCGGAUUAUAGCGCCAUGAAUAUGUUUAUUCACUAACGAAAGAGCAUACGCAUCAAUACUGUACAUUACCAAAGCCUACAUCUGUGCAUUGCACCAUUACCUUCCCAGCUGAUGUGACACGUCAAUCAGCCACACGCAAUCGCUGACAGUGACCUCGAGACGAGAUAUCCC